AAUCAAAUUUUCAUAGUAGCAAAACUUGUUCGUUUGGAACACCGUCGACACGCUCGGUCAAUCUCAACAGUGAGCGACGUCGUCCCGUCUGUCUAGGUCCCUCCGACGCCAGACCAUCGUCGGUGCCCAUGCCGCCGAGACCUCCGCUUCCCCUCGCCGGCGCCGCCGUCCUCCUCCUCCUCCUCCUCCUCACGGCGGAGGCGGUGCCCUUCGUCGUCCUGCACGGGAUUGGGGACCAGUGCGCCAACCGCGGCGUCGCCGAGUUCACCCGCCUCCUCGCCGACUGGUCCGCCGCCGACGGCCACUGCCUAGAGAUCGGAAGCGGGACAUGGGACUCCUGGCUCAUGCCUCUCCAGGAACAGGCUGAUGUCAUUUGCAAGAAGGUGAAGGAGAUGAAAGAGCUAAGCGGCGGCUAUAACAUCGUUGGCCUAUCUCAGGGGAACUUGAUUGGUCGGGCAGUACUCCAGUAUUGUGAUGAUGGACCACCGGUCAAGAAUUUCAUCUCACUCGCGGGGCCUCAUGCUGGUACCGCUUCUGUGCCACUUUGUGGUUCUGGUAUUUUCUGUGUUAUUGCUGAUGCCCUGAUUAAAUUGGAGAUCUACUCGGACUACGUACAGGCACAUCUUGCACCAAGUGGCUACAUCAAAAUCCCAACGGAUAUGGAUGAUUAUCUGAAGGGUUGCAGGUUUCUUCCCAAACUUAACAAUGAGAUACCAGGUGAAAGAAAUGCUACCUACAAGGAAAGGUUCAGCAGCUUAGAGAAUUUAGUAUUGAUCAUGUUUGAGAAUGAUAUCGUCGUCAUACCCCGGGAAACUUCGUGGUUUGGUUAUUAUCCUGAUGGAGCCUUUGAGCCAGUCCUGCCUCCUCAGCAGACAAAGUUGUAUCAAGAAGACUGGAUUGGUCUGAAGGCCCUGGACGAGGCCGGGCGAGUCAAGUUCGUGUCGGUGCCAGGAGGCCACCUGGGCAUCUCCAACAGUGACAUGAGGAAACACAUUGUGCCUUACUUGAAGGACAAACCAUCUGUUUCCGCUUCACUCGCCGCCACCUGGCACGCCAUCGGGGAAGCGCUCGGGCUGAUGGGGAACGAUGUCGGCGUCCUCCUUCAGUCCUCGACAUGACGACCCACCAUCUUCUUGCCAGGGACAUAAUGUUGGAUUGGUGUAUAUAUCAUUCUUUGUUCAAGCUUUUCCUUGUGGUAUCGCUUUGUAGAAGACCACAGCAACUGUAAAAACAAAAACCACAAGUUACAUGCCUAGUACUCCCUCUGUCUGGAAUUACUUAGUCGGAGAAAUAGAUGUAUCUAAACGUAUUAUAGUUUUAGAUACAUUCAUUUUUAUUCAUUUCUAUGACAAGUAAUUUCAGA